GCCUCGUUCAAGUACAAACACUCGCUAACGAUGCACGCCAGGCGACACACACAGGAAAAGUCCUUCGGAUGCCAAGAGUGCAGCAGAACGUUUAUUACAAGCUCGGCAUUGAAGAAGCAUGCCCGACGGCACACCCAGGAACGCCCGUACCGGUGCGAAGACUGUACCAAGACGUUCAAGUCGCCUAGUAAUCUUCGCGUCCACCGGCUUUCGCACACGAAGGAACCACGCUUCCAGUGCAGCCUCUGUGAUAGUUGGUUCAGCUACAAAAGUGUCCUCAAAACGCACAUGAAAGUGCACAUCCGGUCGGAGGGCGGAUGUAAGGUGGCCAAUAAAUGUCCAAAACCGUGA